CUCAACCUCUGGCCCCGUGUCUCCUUGCCGGAGACUUCCCCGACACUGCGUUGGACGGGAGAGGUUGGCGAUGCGUCGCGUUUUCGGGUCUGGGGAUCUCGAGCUUUUGUUCGCGAUACGUCCGCGGACAAGCUCUCCUCCCGCGCUGUUCCUUGUGUCUUCCUUGGCUUUGUCCCGGACGCGUCUGGUUGGCAGUUUUACCACGCCACCUCGCGCCGUGUCCUGCCCUCUCAGGACGUCACUUUUGACGAGUCCGUGCCCUACUACCGCCUCUUCCCCUACCGCACUGCCCCGCUCCCCCCCCCGCCUCUCUUCCUUGCCCCAGGUAGACCCGGUUGA